AUGCCACCAAGUUCAUCAUGGAGAACGAAGAGCUCUUUGCGGGGAGAGCCCGAUAUUGCGCAGUUGCUCACCCGAGAGACUCGCACUGAAGAUGUGAAUGAAACCACUCCUCUAAUCGAUGAAGCCGAUAGCCUAUUGCAUCAACCGCCUCCAUACCUUACCAAUAGUCAGCCGAAAUGGAGGAACCCAAGCAUUUGGUGGCUACUCCCAUUCGGUGUCCUUUUUACUCUGGGCAUUGGUGGAAUGGCCGUGCCUAAGAUCAAUUUGAUCAUGUCACUCAUCUGUCGAGAUUAUCUCGCCGAAAAGACCACUCAAGAGCCUGGUUUCACCUAUCUCCCUGUUAUAUUUGGCGAGCACAACCCCCAGUGCCAGAUCCCACAAAUUCAGUCAUUGGUUGCCCAGUUCCAACUCUAUCUCAAUCUCGUUGCGGGUAUUUUAUCAGCAUUGGCGAGUCCCCGGCUCGGACACUUAUCUGAUCGUUACGGAAGAACCAAGAUGAUCGCGCUGGGAGCGAUGGGCGCGGUCCUCAAUGAGGUCAUCACUGUUAUUUUGGCUACAUGGCCUGACCGGGUCUCGGUCAAUAUGCUUCUGCUUGGAGCCGUUAUGGAUGGACUGGGUGGAUCAUUUACAACCGCACAGGCUUUGAUCCAUUCCUAUGCAUCUGAUUGUACACCCACCGAAAAACGAAGCGUGGCAUUUGGUUUAUUCCAUGGUGCUCUGUUCUUUGGAAUUGCAGCUGGACCUGGCGGUGCAGCAUUUUUGAUCAAGCAUGGAGGCACGCUGGUCGUCUUCUACAUUGCGCUCGCAUUCCACGUAACCUUCUGUCUAUCGGUCUUCUUCAUCGUCCCUGAAUCUUUGUCUAAAGAUCGACAACUCGCAGCCCGCGAAAAGCAUCGUAUGAAAAUUGUGGAUGCUGACUCUCCUAAAUGGUAUUCUUGGCGUGUCUGGAACCCAAUGAAACUGAUCACCCCGCUUGCAAUUCUAAUGCCCGCCGUUGGAAAGCCAAGUGUCUUGUUCCCUAACCGCCGCGGUGCCAGUCCAGCUCUACGCCGGAAUAUCAUGCUGCUGGCUGCUAUUGAUACCGCUGUCUUUGGAGUUGCUCUGGGCACAAUGCAGGUUAUCAUUAUCUACGCCGGAUAUAUGUUCAACUGGGGCAGCGUGGAGUCCAGUCUAUUUGUGGCGAUCAUUAACGUGGUGCGGGUGGUCAAUCUUUUCCUGGUACUUCCACUCAUCUCCCGGUUUUUCCGCACCCCAUGCAAGGAAGAUGGAACCAUUCGCGGUUCAGACACGUUGGAUGUUGUUCUGAUCCGUGCAUCCAUUAUAUUCGAUAUACUGGGCUAUAUUGGCUAUGCUCUGUCCAAAACACCAUCAGUCAUGAUAAUUUCUGGUGUCGUUGCAUCGCUAGGUGGCAUGGGAUCUGCAAUCCUGCAGUCAUCUCUGACCAAGCAUGUGCCGCAUGAACGCAUUGGACAGAUGCUCGGUGCCACUGGUCUUUUGCAUGCUCUUGCUCGAGUUAUUGCACCUACUAUCUUUAACCUAAUAUACAGUCUGACUGUUGCAACGUUACCCGAGACAGUGUUUGUGGCACUUGCAGCUGUUUUUGGUGUAGCAUUCCUUAUGAGUCUACUGAUCAGGUCACACGUUACCCUGGAGGAUGGAUCUUCUGCCGAUAUAAGCGUAGAAGAAGAUGCCGACGAGCAUGAUAGGCUUUUGCUAUGA